ACUUCCUUCAAUUCUUCAUCAAAUAUCCACUUUUCAUUAGUUGUGUUUUCUCUUCCCACACAAGCUGAUGCCGGGUUUUAUAAGCCACCAAGUUGCUGCCAGGGGCUUGUCUCUUCUGAGGCUAAGGCCUGUGGCAGCAACUAUGAGGACUUACUCAUCUGCGACCAAAGAGAUGACAGUAAGAGAUGCUCUUAACUCUGCUCUCGAUGAGGAAAUGGCUGCUGAUCCUAAUGUUUUUAUUAUGGGUGAAGAGGUUGGAGAAUACCAAGGUGCUUACAAGAUAACCAAGGGUUUACUGGACAAGUAUGGUCCUGAGAGGGUUGUUGACACGCCUAUCACAGAGGCUGGCUUUGCCGGGAUUGGUGUUGGUUCCGCGUAUCAUGGUCUGAGGCCUGUGAUAGAGUUUAUGACCUUCAACUUCUCUAUGCAGGCAAUUGAUCAUAUCAUCAAUUCUGCAGCAAAGUCGAACUACAUGUCUGCAGGCCAGAUUAAUGUACCCAUCGUUUUCAGAGGACCAAAUGGUCCUGCUGCGGGUGUUGGUGCUCAACAUUCGCAGUGUUAUAGUGCAUGGUAUGGUUCAGUUCCUGGUUUGAAAGUGCUUGUACCUUACUCCUCUGAAGAUGCUCGUGGACUUCUAAAAGCUGCAAUCCAAGACCCUGACCCUGUUGUUUUUCUUGAAAACGAGUUGUUAUAUGGUGAGUCCUUCCCCAUUUCUGCGGAAGCCCUUGAUUCAAGUUUCUGCCUUCCUAUAGGAAAAGCCAAGAUUGAAAGAGAAGGAAAAGAUGUAACAAUCACAGCUUUCUCCAAGAUGGUGGGAUAUGCCCUUAAGGCUGCUGAAAUACUCGAAAAGGAAGAAGGGAUAAAUGCAGAGGUAAUAAACCUGCGAUCCAUCCGACCACUAGAUAGAGACACGAUAAACGCAUCAGUGAGGAAAACAAACAGACUGAUUACGGUGGAGGAGGGGUUUCCUCAACAUGGUGUUGGUGCUGAAAUAUGUGCAUCUGUGGUUGAGGAUAGCUUUGGUUAUCUUGAUGCUGGAGUGGAGAGGAUUGCUGCUGCUGAUGUUCCAACGCCUUAUGCCGCAAAUCUUGAGAGACGGGCUUUUCCUCAGAUCGAGGAUAUUGUUGGUGCUGUUAAAAGAGUAUGCUACAGAUCGCUACCCAUGGUUGCAACUGCUUAACUUAUAGAGAGAGACAUGAAAUAUGUAAUAAUUUUGGUGAAUUUUCAAGUUAAGUUUAGUUUGUUGUAAUAAUAAGGACGAAACAAGUUGUUGUCGGUUUGUGUAUGAUUUUAU